GUGGUGGUGGUGGCGGAUUUUACUCCAGAGGAAGAAGUGGAAAGUAUUUUAAUGGAACCAAAGGAUGGAGUGGAGAAGGUGGUAAGGGAUUUAUUCAGGAAGGGGUGGGUGGAAGAGGCAGGUAUAACGAUGUCAAAGGUGGAUUUGGUGGAGGUGGUGGAGCUCAUGGAAUGAUGGGAGGAGGAGGAGGAGGAGGAUACUCAGGGGGAAGCUGUGGAAAUAGUCGUCCUGACAGCUGUGGGGGUGGGGGAGGCUCUUACAAUGAUGGAAACAACCAGGACAAUAAAUGUUGUUAUAAGAACGCUGGUCAUGGUCGAGUGACUGUUCAGUUUCUGGAGUAA